AUGUCCACCGAAAGACCACAUAAGCGAGCUCGCCAUGCUGGGGAUGAUAUCGACGAGAAUGACGAGAUGAUCUCGGCUGCGGAAGGAUUCUUCGAGGCUUUGGCUGAAGCCGGCGUCACAUAUUGCUUUGUUAAUUUGGGAAGUGACCAUCCUGCCAUGCUCGAAGCCAUGAUCAAAGCAAAGCAAAAGCAACUGACCAAGUUUCCCAACAUCGUGACCUGCCCUUCAGAGCUGGUGGCUCUGUCUGCUGCCCUGGGAUUCGCCCAAGUCACCGGAAAUCCGCAAUGCGUUCUUGUACAUGUAGACUGCGGCACACUAGCCCUUGGACAGUCCAUUCACAAUGCCUCCGUUGGGAGAGUGCCAGUGCUGUGCUUCGCAGGCCUUAGCCCUUUCACCCAGAGAGGAGAGCUACUGGGUUCGCGAACUGAAUUUAUUCAUUGGCUACAAGACGUGCCCGACCAAGCCUCAAUUCUCCGACAAUAUUGCCGAUACUCCGGUGAAAUUAAAAGCGGACGAAAUAUCAAGGAAAUGGUCAACAGGGCGUUGCAGAUUUCUUUGUCGGAUCCUAAAGGUCCUGCAUAUCUCAUGGCUGCGAGAGAGGUUCUCGAAGAGAAAGUGGACAGGAAGUUCCUCGAAGAAGAAAACCUUAACCCGAUCGCUCCCAGUGCCUUGCCUGAUUUGGAUGUCGAGUUGAUUGCAAAUGCACUCAUGGAUGCUGAUCGACCUCUUGUGAUCACAACUUAUCUCGGUCGCAACACUCGUGCCCCUCCACUUUUAGAGAGCCUCUGCGACAAACUACCAAUCAGUGUUGUAGAGAUGGUAGGCUCGGAUCUCUGCAUUCGGAGCGAUCACCCUGCUUAUCUAGGAGUCACCGUUACGACACACCCAGAGGUUCUCGAAGCCGACGUCAUUCUCAUUUUGGAUUGUGAUGUCCCUUGGAUUCCGACUGUGGGAAAACCUCAAAAUGGUGCAAAGGUUUUCCAUCUCGAUGUUGAUCCACUCAAGCAACAAAUGCCUCUCUUCUCCAUCAACGCUAUUCGUAGACUUAAAGUAAGCUGCGAGAUUGCACUCAAGCAGUUGAAUUCUUACCUGGAAACGCAAGAUUUGGAUGGCCCGCGUUACCUUGAAGCAUUCGACGCACGUAAAGCUCGCUACAGCGAAUGGCGUAGAAUCCUCCAAGCUCAGGAGAUUCCUUCCGAGAAUGAAAUUGUCAGCGUGCCACACCUGACUUCCAAACUCAGACAGCAACUUCCAGAAGACACGGUUUACGUUCUCGAGGCAGUCACAAAUGCAGGUCCGAUUAUUCAUCACCUCAAUCUGGUGAAGCCAGGAAGCCUAGUAGGCAGCGGAGCUGGUGGUCUAGGCUGGGGCGGUGGUGCAGCUCUCGGAGUCAAAUUAGCCAAGCCAGAGACUUUCAUAUGUGCAAUUGUUGGAGAUGGAACGUAUCUAUUUUCACAGAUGGAAAGUGUUUAUUGGAUAGCGCGACGAUAUAAUAUUCCGUUCCUGCUCAUUGUUCUCAAUAAUGGCGGAUGGAAUGCACCUAAAGUGUCUGCUCUUCUUGUUCACGAGGAUGGUUUAUCCUCCAAGUCCAACAGAAAAGACCUCAACCUGUCAUUUGAGCCCUCACCCGAUUACCCAGGCAUUGCCACUGCAGCUGGGGGUGCGUGGGGAGCUACCGUCAGAACACAAAGUGAAUUGGAUCCGGCCAUGCAAGAGGCCAUGGAUGUAGUCCAGCACGGGAAGUGCGCAGUUAUUGAAGUUGCGUAA